GAGCGGUGAAGAGGCCCGGCCCCACGGAGGAGGCGGGCUGAGACGGGCUGGGGACUCGAAGCGGCCGGAAGGGGUGGCUGCCGGUCCGGUCCCGCCCCGGGGCUGCCUCCCCGUGGGUUCCGUUGGCUGUGGCAGCAGCUGAGGCUGUGGCGGCGGUGGCCGCGGGGCGGGCGUAAGAUGGCGACAACGGCGGCGGGAGCCCUGGGCCUCCUGUGGGGUUGGCUGUGGAGCGAACGCUUCUGGCUGCCGCAGAACGUGAGCUGGGCCGACCUUGAGGGGCCGGGCGACGGCUACGGCUACCCGCGGGCGCGGCACAUCCUCUCGGUGUUCCCAGUGGCGGCGGGCAUAUUCUCCGUGCGGCUGCUCUUCGAGCGGUUUAUUGCCAAACCCUGUGCACUCCAUGUUGGCAUCCAGGACAGUGGUCCUUAUCAGGCCCAACCCAAUGCCAUCCUUGAGAAGGUGUUCAUAUCUAUUACCAAGUAUCCUGAUGAGCAAAGGCUAAAGGGCCUGUCAAAACAACUGGAUUGGGAUGUCCGAAAAAUCCAAUGCUGGUUUCGUCAUCGGAGGAAUCAGGACAAGCCCCCAACGCUCACUAAGUUCUGUGAGAGCAUGUGGAGAUUCACUUUUUAUUUAUGUAUAUUCUGCUAUGGAAUUAGAUUUCUCUGGUCGUCACCUUGGUUCUGGGACAUCCGACAGUGCUGGCAUAGCUAUCCAUAUCAGCCUCUCACAAGUGGGCUUUAUUACUAUUAUAUGAUGGAAUUGGCCUUCUAUUGGUCUCUCAUGUUUUCUCAGUUUAUAGACAUUAAACGAAAGGACUUCCUGAUCAUGUUUUUGCAUCACUUGGCCACCAUUGGGCUCAUCACCUUCUCCUAUAUCAACAACAUGGUUCGGGUGGGAACUCUGGUCAUGUGUUUACAUGAUGUCUCAGACUUCCUGCUGGAGGCAGCCAAACUGGCCAAUUAUGCCAAAUACCAGCGUCUCUGUGACACCCUUUUUGUGAUCUUCAGUGCUGUUUUUGUGGUCACUCGUCUAGGAAUCUACCCAUUCUGGAUUCUGAACACGACUUUCUUUGAGAGUUGGGAGAUGAUCGGGCCUUAUCCCUCCUGGUGGCUCUUCAAUGGCCUUCUCCUGAUCCUACAGUUUCUGCAUGUCAUCUGGUCCUACCUAAUUAUGCGAAUUGCUUUCAAAGCUUUGAUCCGAGGAAAGGUGUCAAAGGACGAUCGCAGUGAUGUGGAGAGCAGCUCAGAGGAAGAAGAAGCGACCUCCAACACAAAAAGCCCCUGUGGCAGCAGCUCCAGCAAUGGUGCCAACCGGGUGAACGGUCACAUGGGAAGCAGCUACUGGGCUGAAGAGUAAGGGGGUUGGUGUGGGGACUACAGCACACAUGGACUUGUAGGGCCACUGGCAACCUGCUCCUCUCAGGCCUCCCCACCUACACUCUAGUGACUAGGGGCUCUUUGGGGCACUGAGGAGAAUCAAAAGGCAAAUAUUUUCACUUAAAAAAAAAACUCUGCCAUUUUGUAUUUAAUAAUCUCCCAGUUCUUUCGGUAAUGUUAUUUGCUCUGUGUGUGUGUGUGUGUGUGUGUGUGUGUGUGUGUACAUAUGCACAAGUUUCAUUUCCUAGGUUGGGGCACAAUACUAGACUGGGGCCAGUAGGCCUUGUGCCCCCUUUGAGCCCACCUCAAUCCCAGAUUUGGCUGCAUCUUGAGUAAUGCUGGCUCUGGACUGUCCCUUCCCCUGUCCACGGCUUUUGAAGCUGUGGCCACGUGAAUGGAAAAGCAGGUUCAGCUCCAGGUUUCUGCACUGUUCCUCCUUGGGGCUCGAGAGGCCGCAUGAAGUUGUAUAGAAACAGACAGCCAUGGAUGGCUGAUGACGGUUUUUGUGGCCCCUAGCCAGAUUCCCUUCCUACCACCUGGUAGUGACAAGGUCCUGCUGACACCCUGCUCUUCACUCAAUGGUACGCAGGGAGCUUGGGUGGGGGAGGGUGAGCUGAGGGUGGAAUAGGACAAAUAGCCACUUGGGCGAGCCGUUUAUACUAUUGUUUACUCUUGUGUGAUUAAAAGUCUUCAACCCUC